UUUUCAAACACUUGUUUAAAGAAUUUUGAUUCCGCAUUUUUUUUUGUUUACAUAUUUGCUUCCGCAAUAAUUGAUAACGAUUCGAAUCUAAUGAUUGUUAAUUUUCAAUAUUCAUGUCGAAUUUUGUUAAUACUAACAAAAUUUCUACGACGACGACUACGAAUACGACAACAAUGACAAAUUUAUUUGCAACACCAAAUUAUUCAUCAUCAUUGGGAAUGAUGAAUCCUUAUCAGCAACAAUUCUAUAAUUAUUCAUCAUCUUCAUCUAUUCCACUUCCAUCGUCACCUAUACAAUCGCAAUCAUUGCCGAUUGUUAAUAAUAAUUUUCCAUCGGUCAAUUCAAUGAUGACAUCUGUACCGUUAGCACAAGCCGGAACAUCAACAAUGCCACCAUCAACGCCAAUCAUUUCACCACAACAUCAAUCAUGGUCACAAAAUAUACCUUCAGUGAUGCCAUGGUCAAAUCAGCUCAAUAAUCAGAGUAUUAAUGAAAGAUUUUCAUUUGGAAUCAUGCCGUCACCACUGCCAUCAUCACAGAUAUCACAACCAAUACAACAGCCACAAUUGAUCAACAAUCAACAAUUGAUCAAUAAUUCUAUCGCACCAUCAAAUCAAAAUAUCAACGCGAAUAAGAAAAGACAUUUUAGCCAUCUAAUUAAUGAUUCGGAAGAUGAAUCCUUUUAUGAUUUUGAUAAUGAGCGACCAAUCAAAAAAUAUAUCGGUGAAGAUAAAGUAUUGGAAAUAUUUGAUCGCAUGCAUAUUCGUGAAGGUGAAAAUUAUAUUGUUGAAGAUGUAAAGGAUGGUCCAUUAAUCGAUUCAAACAAUAAUAAUAAUGGCAUUCUAAUUGAAGAAAUUGAUGAUAAUAAUAAUAUUAGUACAGAUACUGGUAAUGUUCAAAUAUUGGAAAUAUCACCCGAAUUACGUGAUGCAUUUUCUAAUCAACAGCCAUCUAUAACGGAUAAACUAAUACAAGCAGAACAAGAAAAAAUAUCCAAAGCAUUAGUCGUGUGGGAAUCAAAUAGCCUAAUGAAUUUAUUAUCCGGUAAUAACCGGUCAGAAAUUGAUAGUGAUGAUGAUGAUGAUAAUGAUAAUAAUGUUCGUAUUGAAGAACCAUCGGAUACUGAUUUAGAUGAUCAAAUGGUCGAUGAGGAUGAUGAUGAUGCUGUUAUAAUAUUAGAAACUGAUUGUAAAUCAAAUCCUAUCGAAACAUAUAAAAAUUAUAUUGAUUCCAUACAAGAUCAACCAAUGGAAUAAUUGUUAUUAUAUUUUUUUAAAAUGAAAUUUUCUUCUUUCUUUCUUUCCUAAAUAUCUGUAAAUAAAUACAAAUAAACCAU